GGAGGAGGCGCGGACCGAGAGGGAGGAGCCCCCGGCCGCCGCCGCCGCCAGCCCGCCCGGCGGCCCGCACUUGCCGCGGCGCCUCGGAGUUUGAGCCCCGGAGCGCAAGCACACGCCCGGGGCACCGGGUCGAAGCUCGCAGCGCGGCGCCGCGCCACCCCCAGCCCGGGCGCCCCCGGAGCGGCGCGCGGACCGAGGAGGAGGAGGAAAAGGAGGAGGAGAAGGAGGGCGGGCGGGCGCGGCGGGCCGGGCCGGCGGGCGGCGGACUAUGAGGCGCCCACCAUGGUGCGAUGCGACCGCGGGCUGCAGCUGCUGCUGACCACGGCCGGAGCCUUCGCCGCCUUCUCGCUCAUGGCCAUCGCCAUCGGGACCGACUACUGGCUCUACUCCAGCGCGCACAUCUGCAACGGCACCAACCUGACCAUGGACGACGGGCCCCCGCCCCGCCGCGCGCGCGGCGACCUCACCCACUCGGGGCUGUGGCGGGUGUGCUGUAUCGAAGGUAUCUACAAGGGGCACUGCUUCCGCAUCAAUCACUUCCCCGAGGACAACGACUACGACCAUGACAGCUCCGAGUAUCUUCUCCGCAUUGUGAGAGCCUCCAGCGUCUUUCCCAUCCUGAGUACCAUCCUGCUGCUGCUGGGAGGGCUGUGCAUCGGCGCCGGCAGGAUCUACAGCCGCAAGAACAACAUUGUGCUCAGCGCCGGCAUCCUCUUUGUGGCUGCAGGCCUCAGUAACAUCAUAGGCAUCAUUGUCUACAUUUCCAGCAACACAGGCGACCCCAGUGACAAGCGAGAUGAGGACAAGAAGAGCCAUUACAACUAUGGUUGGUCUUUCUACUUUGGAGCCUUGUCUUUCAUCGUGGCCGAGACCGUGGGCGUCCUGGCUGUUAACAUUUACAUUGAGAAAAAUAAAGAGUUGAGGUUUAAGACCAAACGGGAGUUCCUUAAGGCUUCAUCCUCUUCUCCUUAUGCCAGGAUGCCAAGCUACAGGUACCGGCGACGGCGCUCGCGGUCCAGCUCCAGGUCCGCAGAGGCCUCGCCCUCCAGGGACACGUCCCCCGUGGGCCUGAAGAUCGCAGGGGCCAUCCCCAUGGGCGAGCUGUCCAUGUACACGCUGUCCCGGGAGCCCCUGAAGGUGACCACGGCCGCCAGCUACAGCCCAGAUCAGGAGGCUGGCUUCCUGCAGGUGCACGACUUCUUCCAGCAGGACUUGAAGGAGGGCUUCCACGUCAGCAUGCUCAACCGGAGGACAACCCCCGUGUGAGCCUCUCCCCCACCCCACUCCGCCUCACUGGCCUCUCCCCACCCAGAGCCACUGCAGGUGGGCCGGGGAAGGCUUGGCUACCAACGACAACGAACAAUAAACAGAAGUCCAGCGGAGCCCUGCAUGGACUCCAGAAGGCAUCCUGGACUGGCAGA